AUGCAGUUGUAUAGCAUUGCCCAACUUACGCCUCGGGUUGUCGGGCGUGCGUGCUCGGCGCUGUUAAGAAACACGUUACAGGUGAACCAGGUGCGUACUGCCACCAAGAAGGCCGCCGGUUCCAAAACACACAUGCAAGACUCCAAAGGUCGGAGGCUUGGGCCAAAGAAGCAAAACAAUGAGCGCGUUAAAGUCGGCCAGAUUCUAAUUCGCCAGCGCGGAACCAAAUUCUAUCCGGGCGAAAAUGCCGGGAUUGGAAAGGACCAUACCAUCUUUGCUUUGGAGCCUGGUUGGGUCAGAUACUAUCUGGAUCCAUUCCAUCCAAAGAGGAAGUUCAUUGGUGUUUCUCUUGAUAGAGACACCCCGCUACCGACACCUCAUUUUGAACCCAGAAGGCGGAGAUUUGGAUGUGUUGAGCUGACUGAUUCGUGGCAGGCCAGUCGUGAGGAGGAGAGAAUGAGCAGGAAGGAGUACAUUGCUUUCCCAGAGAUUCUUUCCGAGAAGGCCAAGAGAGAUGCUCGCAGAAUUGCUAAGGCUGAUUUCUAUAAGAAAGCUCUACCAGAGUUUGUCGAGCUCUCGGGAGAGGAACUCGAUAUCGCUGCUGCCAGAAUGGUGAGCGUGGAAGCCAUGGUGAGAGGAGGCAAGAGCUUAGAAGAUGCCAGAUUCUACACGAGUUACAAUUAUGGCUACGAUAAGUCAUUGGAAGUUCAGAGAGGCGAGUUGAGUGCUGCCUCGGCGGAAUCUGUGAAAGCCCAGUAUACUGAGAUUGCCGAGAAGUUAGAUGCUGCUGUGGUUCUUGACUGUCGCUUUAAGCUGUGCAAGUCCUUGACUGAGGCUGAGACUGAGGCCACUAGGAACGACAUUCUGGCGCAAUUGAAGGCGACUGAGCAGACGCCUUUGAACGCAGAACUCAAAGCCCAUAUCGCUAGCCUCAUUGACAACCAGGUGUUUGAUCUAUCUUCCAGAGUCAAGCUGCGUCGGAGGUUCCUCAAGCCGGUGGCCAGUGAGCCUGUGGGAAUUGUCCAGGAUGACAAGAAGACCCGUGCGGUGAUCCAGCGCUGGAACUACAAGGAGAACAAGGUGGAGGUUAUCCAAAGAAGUCAGGAGGCCUUUGGGGUCAACUAG